CACCAGACACUCUGGCCAUCUCUCUCCCCCCCAGGGCACUUUUGUCCCCCGAGAGCCUCCAGAGAUUCAUUCACUCUUACAUUCUGGUGUCCACGGACGAUUUCAACCUCACCGUCUCCAGACUGGAGAUCAUCAGUCAUUUCAUCCAUAAUCACAACCCUGACACCAUUUAUGUCGUACAGACCCUGCUUGACGAGUUUGUGGUGCUUCCAGACCUCAAUGGGGGCGAGCAGCUCGCUAUCCAGUCGGUGAUCAUCUUGAUAAAGCUGAAGGGACAGUUGAACAAUGGCUCAUCCAUCACCACCCAGCUCAAUAUCUUGAACAUCCCCAUCACCACUCUGGACGAGGAAAUGGACUCCAAGGACUCCAACGCCAUGUUCGAAAAGUUGCGGACCUUGGUCAAUCUUGGAAUAGCGCCUUACUUCGAUCUCAUCACCUCGGCCACCAACACAUCCAACAUUGAUCUCGAGGAUGGAUCCAAAGGCUCUGCCAUCAAUUCCGUCAAUAUGGCAAAGAAGAAGCUCAACGAGUUGUCUCUCUCGUUGCAGCACCUUCAACAGCGCAUCCAGAUCCCUGACUUGUUGGUCAGCGUCCACCCUAAAAUUGAGGACAUCGUGAAAAAUUCCGAGGGCCAAGAUGGCGAAGAAUUAAACGAGUCUGCGGUCAAUAAUUUGGUCACUGACUCCACGUUUCUCAACGAACUUACCCGCAUAGUCAACAGCUGGAUUAAGCAGAUUCAAUCCAUCACCAGACUCGAUCAUGACCCAUUGGAUGGAAACUCGCUCGCAGAAGAAGUCCAGUUUUGGAAAUCAAUGGAAUUGGCGUUGUUCUCGAUAACCCAGCAGAUGUCUUCCCCUCUUGUCAAGGUAUCAAUCGAUUUUUUGAACAAGGCAAAGAGAUUCCACGUUACCCUUGGUUUUCAGAAUGAUACUGGAGUCAACGAAAAAAUGAUCACCACCAAGCUCUAUAAUUCUUUAUUGAAAGAGCUUCCAAUAGAUGAACUCAUGUCAGUAUCGAGCAACAUCGAAGAUUUGGACAAGUUUGAAAUCUCCAUUAUAAACCUCUUCAACCACUUUAAAUCAAAAUUGAAAAACUUGAAUUCAUUUCCAUUACCUAGAGCUAUCGAAAUAAUCGAAGUUGGGUUAAACGAUAUAACAGACAAGUUCAAAUCAAUUCUUUCCACUCACUCAUUAAUGUCAUUAGGUCUUUCCAAAUUCUUGGAAAUUUAUGAGAAUCAAGUCCUCAAAAUAUUUGAAUUGGUAGAUCAAAAUAUUAAGUUCAUGAUUAAUUUAAUCAGGGAGCUUCUUAGAAAAAGACUGGAGAAGUUUAUUAUCAUUAAGAUAAACCAGAUUGCUUACAAUGAACUAAAAGAUAGACUCAAAGCAUUGAAAGAUUUUCGUUUGAAUCAUCAGGACUUAAUAACUAUCGUGGAAAAGUUUUUGAAGAAUGAUGGAUUCACUGAAUCAAACAAGCUAGUUGAAGCGUAUAAUAAGUAUAUUUUACCAGUGAAUGUGCUUGAUAUGUCUAAACAAGGACAGAGGAUAUGGACUAUGAAUGAAAAGAGUUAUAUGUCUAUCUAUAACCAAUUGAAUUCGGUGAUAAUGCUCAAGCUAAAUGCUUUAUUCGAUUCAUGUAACAGCUUUAAUGAUUUCUUGACAAUUUUCAGCAUAUUUGAUGGUAAUUCUUCUACUGCUGCUUCAGACAGGGAGGGGAUGUACCUGCUUAUCAACGACGAAUACAAGCUUAAGAUCUUAUCUACUGCAAACAAAGAGACCGAAUCAUUAAUAAAGUUGAAUUUGACUUCGCGAAAGACUUUGGUGGAAUACAUGGAAUCAACUCAAAGAUUGUACAAGUUCCACAGUACUCAAGUUGAGGGCUCUGACAAUAAGGAUUUCUCCUCCGUGGUAACUGAAAUAAAGUGGAAUUUGAGCAUGAUUAAGAAAUUAAACUUUUAUUUAGUAAACCUUCUGAAGUUAUUGGGAACAAACUGGAAUAAGUAUUCCUUAGGAAGCAAAAUUGAAUCAGAGAUUUCCACAUUGACACAGUCACUUAAUCCAGACAAAUUAUUUCAAUCUUGGUUGGAUUACAUAACGUCAAAAGUAGCACUGUUAGAAAAGUCAGGUUCGAUUGUCAAAAUUAUUCAACCGAAUGAAUCCGAAAUGAGAGAUUUAAUUGUGAAUUACGAUACAUCAUUAAUAGAAAUUACUCAGCAAUUAAUUCAAAUUACCUCGUUAGGAUUUAAGGUGCCUGUUAGCGUGAUUAUAAAAUACAGAAAAGUUGAAAAACUCACUCCCUUUAUUGUGAGUCUCAUUGAAAAUGUCACUAUACUCCGAAAUUUAUUGAACAACGAUUUGGCUAAUACUUCAUAUGGUCAAAAGUUUGGCUUUCUCCUUGAGAAACAGAAGCAACUGAUUAUGAAUAGCUUGAAGGAUCUCAUAUCUGUCGAUUGGGUUUAUCUAUCACAGGCCCUUGAUUUGAAAUCUAUUGGCGAUUCUGCAGAAAAAAAACAUACAUCUAAUGAGGAGUUGGUUGAGAUUCAAUCACUUAACAUUUUAAAUGGGUUUCAAUCUGCAGUAUACAAGCUAUACGAGAAGCUGAAUAAACUUAGUAAAUUUGAAAACUUCCUAAGUAUUAUUUAUCAUCAGCUAAAAACUUGUGAGUACAAUUUUGAAACAAUCAAGGAACUAUUAAUUACUAUUCAAGAAGAAUUCAAUAAACUUCUAUUGGAAGAUUUUGAGGCAAUUGAUAGAUUGGGCGAGUUGAUCAAUCAAGAAAUUAAGCUUAUCCUAGCUAAAAAGUGUGCUGACAAACUUCAAUUCUGGGAACGAACACUUACAACUUCUAACUCCCUUGAUGAUGCUGAUGAUCAGACUCCUUAUGUUACGCAAGCCAAGGGGCAAUUCGAACCUCCACAAAGUCAUUCGAUAGUAUUUCAGGACAAAAUUUUUAAGCUUUCACCCGAAUUAUCGUCCACUAAGCAGCAUAAUAUUCAAAAGUUAAACUCAUACUUAUCAAUAGUUGAGUUACAACUAGUGAUAAAGUCCGAUUUGUCUUCUUCUGAUGAAAGCUUCUUCGACUUAGUCUACUCUGAUACGACGUUAACUUCGUUCAUUUCGAAAAUUUUGAUCAAGAUAGAUUGCACUUUGAAUGAAGGAAAUGAUUAUUUCAAUAAGUGGAAGCUAAUCCAAAAUUUGUGGGAAUUGGACUUGCAUUCGGAACAAGAAUUGGCCAAGGUUGUUCCCAAAGACUCAAGCCUCACCCAAUGGCUUCAGUCCAUAAGGGAAAUUCUUGGGUUGAGAUACAUAUUCGAUAGAUCCGACACUAUCACUAUUUUCGGUACUGUCCUCACGAUCGAUUUCUCUUCAGUGCAGAAUCGUGUUAAUUUAAAGUUCGAUUAUUUCCAAGAAGAACUUUUGAAACUUUUCAGCACGAAGAUAAAUGUGGAGACAUCAAAGCUUAGCAACGAAUUGAUCAAAGCACAAAAAUCGUUAGAGUUAAAGUUGGAUUUCCAAGUUGCAGGCAUGAUACUUGUCGCCAAUCUAGAUGAAUACUUGCAGCAUAGUAAUCAAAUGGCAAACUGGACCAACCAAAUUGAAGUUUUGGAGGGAGCACAAACUCUCCUUCUUAACCAGAGAUUCAAGUUUCCCAACAACUGGAUGUAUGUGGAGCAACUAGAGAACUUGGUAUCGAUUGUAACUACAUUACUCAGAAGGAAGCUAAGUUUAAUUGAAGAUAACUUUGAGGUCCUCGCUUCAAAGAUCAAAGUGGAAGCCUCAAGAACAAGUCAAGCCAUUGAUACUUUAAUAAAGGAGUGGCCCGUGAAAAAACCAGUUUCUGGAAGUCUAAAUCCAUCAGUUGCCAUUACCCACUUAGAGAUCUUCGAAAAAAGAUGCAGGCUUUUAGACAAGGAAAAGUCCUCAAUUAUCAAUGUUUCGAAGCUUCUUGAUAUCUCGAUAGAUCUGCAUGACAAUUUAGAAGUGGUACUCGAGGAAAUAUAUGAUCUCAAGUCCGUUUGGUCAUCAAUCAACACGUUAUGGGACUAUUUGGAAAAGUUAAGAUCCUUGAAGUGGGCUGACAUUCAACCAAGGGGUCUUCGUCAUGAUCUAGAUGAUUUAUUGGCCAAAUCAAGGUCGUUACCUUUAAAAGUCAGACAAUAUGGUGCUUUUGAUGAGAUUCAAAAUGUCAUUAAGUUGUAUUUGAAAAAUCACUCAUUUGUUUCUGAAUUAAAGAGUGAAUCUAUGAAACCCCGUCAUUGGAAAAUUUUACUAGUUCAGUUAGGAGCUGAAACUAUCAGUUAUGAUUCGAUGACGAUGGGGGAAGUUUGGAACCUCAAUUUUGGCCUUAAUGAUAGUGCAUUGAAGGCAAUUUUGAUACAAGCGAAUAAUGAACAGACGAUAGAGGACAACUUGGAGCUAAUUAAGAAAGAAUGGUCCACCAUUACUUUUGAAAUGUUCAAUUAUGAAAAUAAAGCUAGAUUGGUCAAAAACUGGAACAAGUUAUUCGAUCAAUGUAACAAUGACCUUAAUACCUUAUCCAGUAUGAGCUCAUCCCCAUAUUACCAUAGUUUCGAUCAAGAGAUUUCAAGUUUGGAUGGUAAAUUGAACAAGCUAUAUGUUUUACUAGAUACUUGGAUCGAUGUUCAACGUCAAUGGGUAUAUCUUGACGGCGUAUUCGGAAAUAAGAAUAAUGACAUCAAGAAUCUAUUACCAAUAGAGUCAGCCCGUUUCACAAAUAUUACUUAUGAAUUUCUUAAUACCUUGAAACGGAUAUACAAGUUUAAUUUGGUUAUAGAAUCAUUAUUAGUCGGUGACAUACAAGUCAUCAUGGACAAGUUAUCUGAGAGUUUAACCAAAGUUAGAAAGUCAUUGACAGACUAUCUCGAGAAACAAAGAGAGUUAUGCCCAAGAUUUUAUUUUGUGGGUAAUGAGGACUUACUAGAAAUCAUUGGAGGAUCAAUGGAUGUGGAACGAAUCAACAGACAUUUCAAGAAAAUGUUUAGUGGUGUUUCCAAAGUCGAUUAUCAGAAGGAGAGUAGUUCUAUCGUGGCUAUCAGAAGUGAAGAGGAUGAGAUCGUCACUUUGAGCAAACCAGUUUCGCUUAUCAAAUAUCCAAAAUUAAAUGAGUGGAUCAAAGAAUUGGAGCUAGAGAUAAAGUUGACUAUAUCUCAAUUAGUCAAGAGUUCAAUUGCAAAAUUUGAACUUGAACUCACAAAAGAGUCGCCCUCCUUAGGCCAGGAGUUGAAGGAUCUUAUUUUUUCCCUUCCUGCCCAAGUUUCAACGCUUGUUGCCCAGAUUACGUUUACCAAACUUGCCCAAGAAUCCAUUGAUAAAAAGAGUUUCAGUGCUUUGGAAGAAAAGUAUGGGCGUUUAAUGAAAUACUUGAUCGAAUUAUUAGCAAAUGAUACGACACCACUUGAGAGAAAGAAGUGUCAAUAUUUUACCAUUGAGAUUGUUCACCACAAAGACAUCAUUGCGUCGUUGUCGAAUGCUAAAUCAGAUCAAGAUGUUCAUUUAAUUUGGGGUACUCAGCAGUUGUUCUACUACGAUACUUCUUCCAGUGAUCCAUUACAGAGCUUGACUAUCAGACAAGCAAAUGCAUCAUUUUAUUAUGGUUUUGAAUACUUAGGCAUUCCAGAGAAGUUAGCUUACACUCCUCUUAUUAGAAAAUGCUUCUUGACAAUGACCCAGGCAUUACAUCAAAAACUAGGGGGUUCUCCAUUUGGACCUGCUGGUACCGGUAAGACAGAGUCGAUUAAAGCCCUUGGAAAUAAUUUGGGUAAAAUGGUCUUAGUCUUUAACUGUGACGACUCUUUUGAUUUUCAAGCUAUGGGUAGGAUCUUCUUAGGUUUAUGCAAAGUUGGGAGUUGGGGAUGUUUUGAUGAGUUCAAUAGAUUAGACGAGAAUAUCUUGAGUGCUGUUUCGUCACAAAUUGAAGCGAUUGAGUUAAGUUUGAGUUCCUCGAGUCAACAAGUGGAAAUCUCUGGAAAGACGAUUAAUGUACAUCCUGAGACCGGAAUUUUUGUUACCAUGAAUCCAGGAUAUGUUGGCAGAUAUGAAUUACCUGAAAAUUUGAAAAAGUUAUUCAGAGGUUUUUCCAUGGAGAAGCCUGACAGAGAGAUUAUCGUGGAGGUUUUGUUGACUUCUCAGACUUUUGAAUUUGCUAAAGAAAUUGCAAAGAUUAUUGUUCCACUUUUCUUAGAACUAGAAUCAUGUUGUUCAAAACAAUCACAUUACGAUUUUGGUUUAAGAGCUUUGAAAAACACACUCAUCAGAUGUGGUCUAAUCAAAAGAAACAAGAAAGAAGAUUUGAGCUCCAGGGAGGUGGAAUUGAGGCUAAUCUUACGAAGCAUUCAGGAAACCGUUGCACCAAAAUUGAUCAAGUCAGACGAAAUCCUAUUAGAAGAUUUACUUGCUAAAUAUUUCCCUAGUGUUAGCUAUGAAACUGAUGAUAAUACCAAUCUAGUCUUGGAGUUACAGAAACACAUGGAGACAAAUGGAUUUUAUCACGAUGAUAAAUGGAUGACAAAAGCCCUUCAACUCUAUCAAAUACAGACUACAAACCAUGGUAUCAUGUUGGUGGGUGAGUCAGGAUCGGGGAAGUCUGUCAUCUGGAAUCUGGUCUUGAAAUCCCUUGGAGAAUUGGAUGGAAUGGAUCACGCAUCCUAUGUGAUAGAUUGCAAGGUAUUAUCAAAGAAUGAAAUUUAUGGUUCGUUAGAUUCAAUCACAAGAGAUUGGACUGAUGGAUUAUUCACCAGUAUCCUAAGAAAGAUUAGGGCCAACUUGAGAGGAGAAUUGAAUAAAAGAAUUUGGAUUGUGUUUGACGGUGAUAUUGAUCCAGAGUGGGCCGAAAACUUGAACAGUGUCCUUGAUGACAACCGUAUCUUGACUUUGCCUAACGGGGAACGUCUUGCAUUACCGGACAAUGUUCGCUUGAUAUUUGAAGUUGAUUCCAUUAAGUUCACUACUCCUGCAACAAUCAGUAGAUGUGGAAUGAUAUGGUUUGACAGUUCAUUGAUCCCAAUUGAAGGAUUAAUAAAAGACUUCACCCAUGAUAUUUCCAAUAAUGCCAUAGAGAUACGCGAUGAUCUAACAAGUGACCUGAAUGAAAUUCUUGCCAUACAAAGGACUUUAGUCAACGAAAUUGGCCACUUCAUCAAAACUGAUACUCUUACACAAGUGAUAGAAGAAGCAAAGAAUUUGGAACAUAUUAUGGAAUUCACGGUCCAAAGGGCAAUUCAAGGGUUUGCCGCAUUGAUUAAAUCAUAUUUCCGUCGUUUGAUAAUUUAUAAGUUAGAAAAUCGUGAUAUUCCAUUAGAUAACUACUCAAAGUUUGUCGGAAAAGCUGUGUUGCUCUCUUUGGCAUGGGCAUUUGCUGGUGAUACUGAUUUGAAUCAGAGAGAGAAGUUUGCAUUAGCAAUUAUAAGGAUUGAAACAUUGUCUAAUAUCGAUCAGGCCGAGGGCAAUAUUCUUGAUUUUGACAUAUCUUUCCCAGAUUUUGAAUGGGAACAUUGGAAUUUGAAAGUUGAAAGCAUCGAGCUUGAACCUCAACAUGUUUCGAAUCCAAACACAGUUGUGCCCACCUUGGACACAGUGAGACACGACUCCUUGAUUUAUUCAAUCUUAAACGAACACAAACCAUUAUUGCUUUGUGGACCACCGGGUUCCGGUAAGACUAUGACCUUAUUAGAAUCUUUGAGACGUUCUCCAAGUUUAGACGUUUUAUCUUUGAAUUUCUCGAAAGAUACUACACCCGAAUCCUUGAUGAAAUCGCUUGAACAACAUUGCACUUACAAGAAAACGAACAAUGGGAUAGUUCUUACGCCAUUAGUGAAUGGGAAGUGGGUGGUCGUAUUCUGUGAUGAAAUCAAUUUACCAGCUGUUGACAAAUAUGGAACUCAAACUGUUAUAUCCUUAUUACGUCAAAUGAUCGAGCAAAAAGGUUUCUGGAGACCAAAAGACCGCCAGUGGGUAUCAUUAUCAAAUAUCCAAUUUGUUGGGGCAUGUAACUCGCCCAAUGAUCCUGGUAGAAACAAAUUAAGCCAAAGGUUUUUGCGUCAUGUUUCUCUUAUAAUGGUUGAUUACCCAGGUAAGAAUUCAUUGAGUCAAAUCUAUGAGACAUUCAACUUAGCGGUAAUGAAGUGUGCUCCAGACUUGCGUGGAUAUACUAGAGUGACAACAGAAGCGAUGAUUGAAAUCUACUUGCGGACUAAGGAACAUCUUGGCUCAAAGAAACAGGAUCAUUAUAUAUACUCGCCUCGUGAGUUAACCAGAUGGGCUAGAAGUAUAUUGGAAGGUGUUAAGGCUUCAGAGUAUUCAGACCUCCUGUCAUUUGUCAGAUUAUGGAACCAUGAAGGUUUGCGAUUAUUCUACGAUCGGUUGGUAGGAACGGAAGAGAAAGAGUGGACUAAAGAAUUGUUCAAAGAAGUCACUAUUAAGUACUUUCAAAACAUUGACAUAGAAACAGUACUUCAGGAACCAAUUCUAUACUCCACUUGGUUGUCUUCUAAUUACGAAUCUGUUGAUCAAAGGGAAUUAAGAGCCUUCAUCGCAGAGCGUUUGAGAGUAUUCAGUGAAGAAGAGAUUGAAGUUGACUUGGUCCUUCAUGGCGAUUUGCUCGAUCAUUCUUUAAGAAUCGAUAGAGUUUUGAGACAACCACAAGGUCAUAUGAUUUUGGUAGGUCCAAGUACAAGUGGAAAAACCACUCUAAGCAAGUUCGUUGCUUGGAUGAAUGGACUCAAGGUGGUUCAGUUGAAUGUCUACAAAAAUUAUGGUAUUGAAAACUUCGAUUCUAAGUUGAAAGAAAUCUUAUUGAGAUGUGCUAAAGGAGAAAGGGUUUGUUUUAUUAUUGAUGAGUCCAGCAUUUUGGAUACUUCAUUUAUUGAAAGGAUGAAUACAUUAUUAGCAAAUGCAGAGAUUCCGGGCUUGUUUGAAGGAGAUGAAUUUACUUCCUUGAUGAGCUUAUGUUUGGAACAAUCCAAUAGUCAAGGAUUGCUAUUGGAUAGUGAUGAAGAGCUCUACUCAUGGUUCACCAAACAAAUUAGUGAAAAUCUUCAUGUUAUUUUCAAUAUUACCGAGAGCGGUACCUCAAACUCUAACAGACCAGCAGUUAUAUCAUCUCCAGCUUUGUUCAAUAGAUGUGUGCUUAGUUGGAUGGGUGAUUGGUCGAAUGAUUCCUUAGUGGAUGUUGCAUCUUCGUUGAUUGAGACGGUUCCCUUAGAUAUGUCCAGCUAUGAAAUUCCUGCUUCAUUCAAUCAGUUCAUUUCUAACAAUGUGACAGGUUUCAGGGAUGUCGUUGUGGAUGCCUUUGUGUUUAUCCACAGGUUUGUUUUGGGAUAUGCAACUACUCUAUCUUAUCAAAAAACACCCAGUAAUUUCGUGUCCCUCAUUCAAAAUUUCAUCAACACAUUCAACAGCAAGCAAUUCGAACUCGAAGAAAAUCAAAGACAUAUCAGUAAUGGUCUCGAUAAACUUAGAGAAACGGUUCUUCAGGUUAGCGAGUUGAAAAUUCUGCUUUCUAAGAAGCAAGAAAGUCUCAGAGUGAAAGAUCAAGAAGCCAAAGUUAUGUUGAAUAAGAUGCUUACCAAUCAAAACGAAGCCGAAAGAAAGCAGGAGUUUUCUGUAGCUACUCAAGAAGAAUUGGAGAAACAAGAAGUCGAAAUUCAAAGAAGGAGAGCUAAGGUUAUGAAGGAUUUAGAGAAGGCUGAACCUGCAGUUAUCGAAGCCCAAAGAGGUGUUCAGAAUAUCAAGAAGCAGCAUUUGACAGAAAUCAGAAGUAUGGCCAAUCCCCCUGCGGCCGUUAAAAUGGCUAUGGAGUCUGUAUGUAUCUUGAUUGGUUAUGAAGUUAGCAGCUGGAGGGAUGUUCAAUUGAUUGUUAGGAAGGAUGACUUCAUCGCUAAUAUCGUUAACUUCAAUACUGAAGAACAACUUUCAGCUGAGCUCAGGGAGUAUAUGGAACAGGUUUACCUUUCAAGAGAUGAUUACAAUUACGAGACAGUCUACCGUGCAAGUAAAGCCUGUGGUCCCUUGUUACAAUGGGUUGAAACUCAGUUGACAUACUCAAGAAUUUUGCAAGACAUUGGACCGAUGAGGGAAGAGGUCCAGAUAUUGGAAGAACAGACGAAGAAAACUAAAGCUCAAUUGAUUGCUAUUGAUCAGAUGAUCCAAGAAUUGGAACUUAGCAUUAAUAACUACAAGGAUGAAUACAGCAGUUUAAUCAGAGAAACUGAGAACAUAAAGUCAGAAAUGCAAGGAGUUGAAGAGAGAGUAAAACGGAGUUUGACCUUGAUUGACAAUUUAACUCUUGAAAGAGAAAGAUGGAAAGUCAGCAUCAAAAGAUUUGGACUUCAAAGAGAACGUCUUAUUGGUAACUCGAUCCUUUCAUCAGCAUUUUUGGUUUAUUCAGGAAUAUAUGAUCAGCGUGGACGAGAAAAUUUAAUGAAGGAAUGGAAACGGAAAUUAAUGGAUUCAGGAAUUUUGUACGAUGAAACAGUCACGAUCGCUGACAAUUUGAAUGAAAGCGGUGAAAUAUUGAAAUGGGAGAAGAGCGGUUUGGCAUUUGAUGAUUUGAAUGUGGAGAACUUCACAAUCAUGAAAUUAUCAAAAACCCCUAUCAUUAUCGAUCCUACUAAUAGCGUCACUAACGUGAUAGUAAAAUCAUAUGCACCAAGGAAGGUAAUCGUUACCAGUUUCUUGAAUGAGGGCUUUGUCAAGCAAUUAGAAAAUUCCAUUAGGUUUGGAGGGGUUAUUAUUAUCCAAGAUGCAGAGUUUUAUGACCCAGUUUUGAAUAAUAUUUUGCGACUGGAAAUCCAUCGAAAUGGUGGUAGAAUGAUGAUUAACUUGGGUGAACAAGAGAUAGACUACUCGCCAGAUUUCAAGUUGUUUUUGCAUUCCACAGACUCAGAACUUCAAUUGUCUCCAUUUGUCUCCUCCAGAACUUCCAUCAUCAAUUUUACCAUAACUAGCGGAAGCUUACAGAACAAGGUUCUCAAUAUGACCUUGCAAGACACCCGCCCCGAAAUCGAGCAAAAGAGAGUGCAGAUGGCGUCAUUACAGAGUGAAUAUCAAGUCAGAUUAUACAAGCUUGAACAGGAACUCUUGAAUUCUCUUGGAGAUUCAUCGGGAAGCAUCCUUGAAAAUGAUUCGGUGGUUAACACUCUAGAGAACUUAAAGUCUGAAUCAAAUGAAAUUGAUCAAAAGAUGAAAGAAUCAUUAACAAUAAUGGAAACUGUGGAUACAAUCCGAAAUACGUAUGAAGAUGUGGCAAAGCAUUCAACUCGUAUUUUCAAUGUGUUCAAAGAAAUGGACAAAUUGGGUAAGCUUUAUAAGUUUUCGUUAACAACAUUCAUUCGUACGUAUUCGAAAGUGCUUAGGGGUGGGAACACCGCAGACAUCACUGAGAUGAUAAAUGAACUCUACAAGGAGGCAUUUUCUGUUAUUUCUUGUUCAUUGGUUCAUCAUGAUAAAAUAAUUUUUGCAUUAUGUUUAAGUUUGAGUUACUACGGAUUGGAAAUUGGACAACAAGUCAUUGAGACAAUAAGAAGAAUCUUGAACUUUUUAGUGGUAAAAGGUCUGGUAGAUAUUACGGAUAUUUUACAAGCAACUUAUGCCAAAUUUGAGCAGACUACAGAUAUCGAUAGUAUUGUCCUGGAAAACUCCGAUAACGAUACCAUAAAGUUAUUGGGUCAAUUAAUAAAGUCUACUCAGUCUUCUCAAAAGGACGCAUUCAUGGAUGCCUUUUCUAAUAUUUCGUCUUUCUUGUUUACCGGAGUUGGAGACUACAGCUCAAGAUACAGCUUGAAGGAAUGGACUUCCGAUCAGGAAGUUGCUGGUCAAGUUAUGCCUAUUAUUUUGGCAUCGCCUGAUGGGUACGAUGGAACCUUUAAAGUUGAAAAACUAGCUCAGGAUUCUAAGCAAAAACUAGUCGUUGUCUCCAUGGGUUCCAAGGAAGGUAUUGAGAUAGCCAACAAGGAGCUUAGCAUUGCUUCUAACAAGGGUCACUGGAUAUUAAUCCAAAACAUACAGUUGGCGGUGGAUUGGUUGAAUUAUCUUGAGAGACGGUUGGAUACUUACAGUGGAAACUCAAAUUUCAAGAUAUUUUUGACCUGCAACUUGACAUCCAAUAUCCCAUCGGCAUUAGUGAGCAAGUCUAAGGUGUUGGUCUUCGAAAACCAACCUGGUCUUAGGAAUGCAAUGCUUGAAACAUUUGCUUCAUUACCAAAUGAAAUGCUUACUGCAAGUUCCAGUAUUCUCAAGCAUGUCAUCUUCUUACUUGUAUGGUUCCACUCAGUAAUCCAAGAGAGAUUGAGGUUUACCCCCAUUUCGUUCAAGAAGAAGUACGAUAUCAAUGAUUCCGAUUUUAGUGCUGGAUUGAAGGUGAUUCAAGACGAGCUCGGUUCAUUGGACUCCAAUGUGACUGCUGAAGCUGUUCCUUGGAAGCAUUUGAGUUAUUUGAUAGGUGAGAUUACAUAUGGGGGAAAGAUUGACGACAAGGAAGAUUUGAGAUACAUCAGUGGUUUAGCUGCGCAUUUGUUCCGAUUUGAAUCAUUUGAUAGCGGCUUCAAUUUGACGCAAGUUGAGGAGAAUGUUUUAGUACUUCCUGAAGGCUUCAGUAUUGAUGCUUACAAGAACUGGAUUGCCGAAUUACCGGGCAAGACUCCAUUGGGUUGGAUUGGACUAGAUGAAGAAGUGGAUGUUUUAGUACGCGAGAAGCAAGGGCAACAGGUUGCAAAGUCUGUGUUGUGUAUACUCGAGGAGAUUUCAGAAUAAUCUCAUAAAUUUAAUGUACAUCUUUAGAUACAUCAGGACAACUAGUCCGUGGAGUGUUGUAGAUCUAGUGGGGGCCAAUGUGGCAUUUUGCUACUCGGUUCUAGUGGGAAAAACAAGCUAAGUUGAAUAAAGAUGGAGAAUAUGUCACCUUCCCGGAUGCUAUUACGAUUAUCCACCGCUAUGGCUGCGAAUAUAUUUUUGCCAACGAACAAGUUUAUUUUAAAUAUGGC